AUGGCGGACGACCCGUACUUCGAUUCUCUCGGGAGGGCUGAGGACACUCUGUGGCAGCUCCUCGCCGUCCUGAGGGACGGCGGCGACGCCGAGGCCCCGAGCACGCGGGGCCGGCUUCAGAGCGGGCGCUCGCAGAGCACGGGCGGCGGCCACCGCGCGUCGGCGGCUUCGAGAAGGGCCAGCUUCGCCUCUGGGUCGGAGCUGCCCAGCUACCGCUCCGGCGGGCCCAGCUUGGUCUGGCAGGCCGAGCAGGCUCCCCUCGAGCGGGCUGCCCCUGUAGCCAGGCGUGCGGCCGGCUCGCUGCGGUCCGACCGCGACCUGGACGAGGGCAUCCCAGCAUUUGUCGCGUCAGCCACGAUCGGGAUGAGCACGCAGGAAGCCAUGCUGCAGACCCUGCAGGGGCUGCACUCCAGGCUGUGUGCAAUGACGUACGCCAACGACCUGCCGGCAGAUCCGAGGACCGCCGUGUCGGUGCCGUGCUCGGGGCGCCGCCUGGACCGACGGCGGCGUGACGGCGCCGCCCGCGGUUGCCUGGCGGAGCUGUGCAGGGACCUCGAGUCCACAGUCGCAUACAUCCCGCAGACCGAACAGAUCUGCAAGAACCAACGGUCGACCCUGGUGAUCGAGUGGGAUUCGUGGAUCUCGAGGAGAGCCACCGUAGCUGGGACGCACUCCUGGAGCCAGCUGUCUUCUCCUGCGUCAGGUGCCUCCAACCACGGGAUCCACCGCGAAGCCGCCGACUGGAGGCCCUCGAAGAAGAUGGCCUCGGGCGUGUCAUGGUCCUCCUCCCUCGGCGGCCUUCCCAUGGCCUCGGGGCCCUUGCACGUAGUCGCCGUACUCGAUCUGGUACCGCUGCUCUCCCCGUGGGAGGCCGCGGCCAUACAGCUUGAAGUGGAGCAGGCGAUGUGGGACUUGACCAGGAUAAGCUCACCGCCCGAGGUCCCGUCCGCCGAGCGCUUCGUGGGCACCGCCGCUGUGCCCGCCGACUUCCAGCCGUCCUUAGCCACGUCCACCUUCACCUGCUUCAUCUGA